AUGCAAGGAAGCACUUGACAAAUUUGCAUUGAUGCAUUCAAGUGCUAUAGCCCUCCGCAACUACCUGGCUGAAUUCUAUGAGGCUUCUCAGGCAUAGACGUCAAAGAAUAAGAUGGAAUACACCCGACCUAUGGUGUUUCGACGCCGCCCGGUUUUAUUUUUUGCAUUUAUCAUUUCAACCGCUGCCUUUUUGAGUACUGUUUUCCACGGCCAGGUGGAGCAGGUUGGCACUAACUCUAAGGUCUAUGAUGACUAUUCUUCCCGGGGCCGAUAAGUACCAAUAACUGAUAUGUACCAUAUAUACGGUACAUUACUC